ACCGCAAUGGCGGUCAGAUUACAAGCAGGCGAUCCUUUCAGAGGAAAACUUGGAUUUCUUUUUCUUCUCCUCCAUGCCUGUCGGGGUUCGACUGAAGAACUUAAAUGGGAUGAAAAUGGCUACGUCCUCUACUGCCCCUGCAUGGGUCGCUUCGGGAACCAGGCGGACCACUUCCUGGGAUCUCUCGCCUUCGCCAAGAUGUUGAACCGAACCCUGGCGGUCCCUCCCUGGAUAGUGUACCGCCACCACACCCCGCCUUACACUAAUGUUCAUAUUCCGUACCGGGAGUUCUUCCAGCUGGGGGCGCUGUCUGCCUACCACCGUGUGGUCAGCUUGGAGGACUUUAUGGAGGUGCUUGCUCCCAAAUACUGGCCCCCAGGCCAGAGGAAGGCCUACUGCUUUGAGACCGCAGCACAGCGGAGCGCAGACAAGAAGACCUGCCCCAUGAAGGACGGCAAUCCUUUCGGCCCAUUCUGGGACUAUGUGGGCGUGGAGUUUGACCAGUCCAUCCUGUUCGGAGGGAUUUCCUUCAGCGCUUAUCACCAACCUCAGUGGAUCAAGAAGUUCCCGGCCUCUGAGCACCCGGUCCUGGCGCUGCCCGGCGCACCGGCCCAGUUCCCAGUGGUGGAGGAGCAUGUGGGUCUGCAGCGCUACGUGGUAUGGUCACCCAAAAUGGUGAAGGAGGGAGAGGAGCACAUUGCCGCCCUGCUGGUCAGACCGUAUGUGGGCAUCCACCUGAGGAUCGGCAUCGACUGGCAAAACGCCUGCCGGCUGCUGGAGAGCGGCGACACAGGGCCUCACUUUAUGGCGUCGCCCCAGUGCGUCGGCUACAACCGCCAGACGGCCCCGCCCCUUCCCAUGAACGCCUGCCUGCCCGACCUGAAGGAGAUCAGCCGGACCGUGCAGCGCUGGGUGAGGAAGACCGGUGCUCGCUCCGUCUACAUCGCCACCGACUCCGAGUCCCACAGCAGAGACAUCGAGAAGCUCUUUAAGGGCAAGGUGAAGGUGGUGAGCCUGCAGCCGGACUUGGCCCAAACUGACCUGUACAUCUUGGGACAGGCGGACCACUUCAUCGGGAACUGCGUCUCCUCCUUCUCCGCAUUCGUGAAAAGAGAAAGAGACGUCCGCGGCCUGGCCUCCUCUUUCUUUGGUAUCGAGACGCCGACCAACACAAAGAAAGGACCGAAACAAGAACUCUGAUCUGGGGACAAGUUCAAAGGAAUAGUACAACGGAUCAUGAGGAUAUUUCAUAUGUAGUGUCUCAGAGAGGCAGGUCCAGCUUUACUCUGAAGAGGAAAAGGCUGGGAAUUAGAGCUGCUACCCUGGGAACUGUUUUGACAUGUUUUCCAGCUCCUAAAGAACUUCUUCACCAUCUGUCUGCUGCUGCUCAUUUGUUUUUAACACAUCUUAGAGGCUUUGUGAACCUCUGUCCGUGAUGAUCAUCUGCCUUUCAUGCAGAGAAAAGCGGCAUUAGCCAGGACCAAGCACUACUUGGAACGCUGAGAACAGCAUCCUUCAAGACUCAUUUAAGUUUGGAGUUCACAUUUUUUUAAUCAAUAAAUCAGUAUUCUAAGAA